AUGAGCUUGUCACAUGGCCACAAUCGAAGACGGAGCUCGUCCCUAGAACGGCGUGACCCUUACUCGUCGCCCUCGGUCUACUUUGACGAAGACUCGGUUAGACAUCAAUUACUGGGCAACCGAAACAGGACUGUCUCAUCGGUGAGCAUGAGCAUGGCCGCAAAACCAUCAACAUACAUAAAACCUGCUCGCGAAACCAAUUUCCUGUUUGCUAAGGGCAACUAUCCUGCACGUCGGACAAGUCACGAUGAGCAAACUCAGCAGCAUCAAGAGCUUUUGGUGGACGUAGAGCGGACCUUGAAAGAUCUCUUGGAAAGAGAGGAUCACGACAACAACCAGCAGAUCACCAUCGAGGACAAUGGCCCCAAACACAUCACGUUGGGCACGUUGGCCUCGGCCGGAUACCGAUCGACUGACAUUCGGGGCAAUUAUAUGAUCAGCAAUCUCCUCCAAGAGUUGACUCUGGCACAAGAUUUGGGCAAAAAGGUGGUCAAAAUACACCGCUCUCGCCUAAGUGAAAACCCGGUGGACCGUCUUUCCCGUCGCAUUAGAGAUGAAUUUUGGCACAACCUGACCCGAACCCUCGACUCCGACACCAUUGAGAAAGCUGGCCGGGACCCGAAGGAUUGGACACCAGAUCCGAGACCGCGGAUCUACGUUCCUCGUGGCUGCCCAGAGCAGUUUGAAUACUAUACUCACGUAGCGAAAGACCGUCCUGAGUUGAGGCUGGAUGUCCGGUGGCUUCCUGAAGGGCCCAUCACUGCUCAGUAUGUUCGAAGUUUGAACGAUUCACCCGGCAUUCUGGCGCUUGCGAUGAAGAAGACCAUGGUCAACGGGAAGGAAACGCUCAAAGGUGAACCAUUCAUUGUCCCGGGCGGUCGUUUCAAUGAGUUGUACGGUUGGGACAGCUACAUGGAGUCUAUCGGUCUCAUUGAGAAUGGCAAAGUGGACAUUGCUAAGUCCAUGGUCAUCAACUUUGCCUUUUGCAUACAACAUUACGGAAAGAUUCUGAAUGCCAAUCGAUCAUACUAUCUAACUCGAUCUCAGCCACCCUUUCUGACAGAUAUGGCUCUCAAGGUAUACGACAAGAUCAAGUCAGAGCACGGUGCUGAAGAGUUCUUGAAACUGGCCAUACGAGCAGCGAUCAAGGAAUACUACAGCGUCUGGAUGUCGGAACCCCGUCUUGAUCCUGUGACGGGGCUAUCACGCUAUCGCCCUGACGGGCUCGGUGUUCCUCCAGAAACCGAGGCAUCCCACUUUGUGCAUAUCCUUACACCGUAUGCCAAAAAGUAUGGCAUGACAUUCGAGGAGUUUGUCAAGGCGUACAACGAGGAACAAGUCUAUGAACCCGACCUCGAUGAGUACUUCCUACAUGAUCGUGCCGUCCGAGAAUCCGGCCAUGAUACAUCCUAUCGUCUCGAAGGUUGUGCUGCCAACUUGGCAACGGUUGACCUGAACUCAUUGCUGUACAAGUAUGAGUGUGACAUCGCCUGGUGCAUUCGAAAGCAUUUUAAGAACAAGCUGAGCAUGCCCCCGGAGUUCCGAUCCGAGGCCAACCAGAACGAGACGGUCGAGACUUCGGCCACCUGGGAGCGUCGGGCCAAACUGCGCAGGGCUCGAAUGGACAAAUACCUCUGGAACGAAGCAAAGGGAAUGUACUUUGACUAUGAUACCGUUCAGAAAAAGCGCACCGAUUACGAAAGCGCGACCACGUUCUGGGCAAUGUGGGCCGUAUGUGCAUCACCACGCCAAGCCGCUGCCCUGGUCCUCAAUGCUCUUCCCAAGUUUGAUUGCUUUGGAGGGUUGGUGUCUGGCACCGAAGCUUCUCGCGGCGAAGUCGGACUUGAUCGCCCCAAUCGACAAUGGGACUAUCCGUACGGCUGGGCUCCUCAGCAAAUGCUGGCCUGGGGAGGCCUGAUCAAAUACGGCUACAUUGAGGAAGCACAGCGACUGGCGUACAAGUGGUUGUACAUGGUGACCAAGGCAUUCGUUGACUUCAACGGGGUUGUUGUAGAAAAGUACAACGUGACUCGUGAGCUCGAUCCGCACAAGGUGGAGGCAGAAUAUGGCAACCAAGGCGCCGACUUCAAGGGUGUCCCAAGGGAAGGCUUCGGUUGGGUCAAUGCCAGCUAUGUGUACGGACUGUCAUUCAUCCCGAUGCAUAUGAAACGAGCCCUGGGCACUCUCACGCCGUGGGAGACAUUUGCCAAAGCCACACAGAUCGAUCUAGGCGAGUUGAACGAUAUGAUCCAGGAAGGCUCCGAUGAGUCGAGACCUGAUUCCGCCGAUGAGGCUGACCAUGCCGUGCAGUCCGGAUCCGACAACUGA